CGCCCGCGGCGCUGCCGCGGCCGGCGUCGGGGCGGCUGCAGGCGGCGGCCGGCGCCGGCAGCGCGCCGAUCGCGAUCCGCCGGCCGGGGCCCGCGGCCAUCCCCCGGCGCGGCGCGAGCGGCACCAACCUCAUGGCCGCCGCCACCUCCACCUCGAGGGAGCUUGAGCUCGUCGGCGGCGACGCGCAGCCGGCCGCGCCGCUCUCAAGAUCUGCGCCCAACGCUGAGUGA